GCACCUAGCUUAACCCCGGAAGCGGUGAUGUGAUGUUUUUUUCCCUGGUCAGUUCAUUCAUCCCCUUCCCGUGGAAUGUGAAAAAAAAAGCUAUGUGGCACGGCGAUUCGCCAUGGAUGGCCUCGAGUUCUUUGAGGAAGCAGAAUCAGGAUUGGUUCCUAGGGCUCAUGCGGGUGAUAUUUUGGUUGGCGGGAUCAAUGUUGUCGAGUCUAUGGUUGCUUCCAUCCAUGAAGCUCGCGGGCGCUCCUCUGAUGUGAUGUCUUCUAAACCGAUGGACGGCAGUAGCGGCAAAGAGCAGUUCCAGGGGGCUGACACGAAUGUUGGCUCGUUCCGCAAUGGUGGGAGUGAGGUCGUUGGUGACUCAAACGAUAUGGCGGCUCAGAAUACUGCAACUGAGUCUAUGGGAGUGGGAGAUGAGGGAGACGCAGAGGAUGUCGUCGUCAACAAAACAAAGAUCUUAUGUUGGACUCGGCGUGUUAGGAUUGGCAACGCGCCAGAAGAGAGGGAUGCCAACCCAAGCAGGUCCCUGCCCUGGAUGCUUCAAUGCAAGCUUAUGCAGACAACAAGGUUGGCACUGUUGUUAACCCGGCGCUCGGGACUAGCUUUGACACAGUUGUAGAAGCAUAUGAGUUUUACAACUUAUACUCCUGGGAGACUGGUUUUGGCGUCAGGUAUGCCAAAAGUAGGCUGAAUGUCCAUCGGAAAAAAUGUAUGCAGGAGUUUGUGUGCGCGUGUGCGGUGAGGAUGAUUCAUUAAUUCAAAAAAGAGAAAUUGUUUCCUCACACCUAAUUGUUUCCUAUUAUGUUCUCAUAUGUUAUAGAAAAACACUGCAGGGCAAGCCAUUGCAAUCGAAUAGCCGCUCGACGAGGUGUGGAUGCCCUGCGUUGAUGCGGAUUCUUAAGUCUGAUGAUAAAGGAUGGUACAUAUGUGAGCACAAAGCAGAGCACAACCAUGCACUCUCAGUUAACUGUACGGAGAAGCUGCACUGGAAAUCACACUGGCACAUAGAUAGAUGGAGCAACUAAGAAAUGUGAAAACAUUGCCGGAGUCGGUGGUUGCUGUACGCGAUGGCACGGGUUUAUCUGACAGAUAGGUGGCAAUGCAAGUGAUUCUGCAGGUUCAGCUACAGCAGAGAAGCAACAUUUUGGUCCAACAAAAAAUAGGUGCAAAGUGCCUCGCAAUGUUCAGAUAGCUUUGGGGCGCCAUCAAAGAAGAGACCAGCGGGGCGCCCUACGACAAGCUGCGACAAAGCACCAUACGAACAGCCAGCUAAGAGGAGUAGGUUCUGUUCGAUCUGCCGGGUCCAGGGGCACAAGAGCACAACAUGUCCGCGGCACGGGAGGUCUUCCAAAGGCGCCAAGGAAAUCGCCUCGCUGCUCCAGGUGCAGCCCGAAAGGCCACAGAAGGAACACUUGCACCAACACGCCCAAGGCUGAUUUCUAUGGUUGAUUUCAUUUGUUUUCUAUGCUUGAAACAUGACAGUUUCAUGUAACCGUGCUAAUGUGGAUGUCAGACUGCUAAUGACUACUCCACAUAUUAGUGUAUCUCUAUAUCUGUAGUAUCAUUUGUUGUCGGAGAAUUGCUUGAA